CUUCUUGCCCUAUAACAGACCCGGCAUUUCUUCUGUUUCCGCGUCUCUACUUACCCACACCAUGAGCUCAGUCUCAAGGAAUUCCAAGAUUUCACUCAGAAAGACACCAAGAAGAAGGAUAAGAAGAACUUCAACCUCUCAGAGAAGAAGACUACAGGCACGACGUGCUUGCAAAGCUCAAAGAAGCAGGCGUACCAGUGCCACCACCAAGGUCUCAGACAAGCUGGAGGCUCUCAAGAACCUCAUCCCUGCCCACAAUGGAGAGAUUGUAAAGGCUGAGCAGUUGCUCCAAGAAACUGCGGAUUACAUUGUUCUCUUGAAGACCCAAGUCUUUGUUUUACAGAGAUUGAUCGACCUCUAUGGAUCUACCACUAGUACUACUGAAGGAGACACUAAUUCUGUAUUAUAGUAUCAUGCUGAUAAUUUUAUUAAUGAACGAAAAAGAAGACAAUUUUAUUAAUGAAAGAAAGAGAAGAUCUCUUCUUGGUCUUUUCGAUUUUUAUUA